UUAAACCUGUGUGAUAAUGACUGUUGUUUUCCGGCCAGGUGAGGAUAAAGUAAGUUACAUUACAUUCAUUCAUUUAGUUGAAACUGCCAUACAUAGCUGCGACUUUCAAGAUCCUUCUAUUUGUUCUUUCACACAAGACAAUACAGAUGAUUUUAAUUGGUCUCGAAAAAAAGGAGCAACUUCUUCAGUGAAUACUGGACCUACUACAGAUCAUACAUAUCAAUCAGAUGAAGGUUAUUACAUGUACAUUGAAAUGAGUGGACGAACAUAUGGAGAUAUUGCCAGAUUAAUUUCACCUUUGUAUGCAUUGGAUCAGGGAACACAUUGUGUGCAGUUUUAUUAUCAUAUGUUGGGAAGAGAUAUCGGUUCACUUAUUCUAUAUCAACGGGCUGAUGUUAAGGGAGAUAAAGAUACGUGGCGUUGGAGUUUAGACGGUGAACAAGGACCGAACUGGUUUCUGGCAAGAGUGGAUGUACCAUCUAUAUAUGAUUAUAAAAUUGUGUUCCACGCUGUGGGUGGAAAUGACUAUUAUGGAGAUAUUGCUAUUGAUGAUGUUACCAUUAUACCCAAUGCAUGCCCAAUUCCAAUGACUUGCGACUUUGAAACUGACUUGUGUGAUUGGGCGAAUGUGAAAGGGAAUGAUAAAUUUGAUUGGAUUGAAGGCAGAGGAAUUGAUGGACUUGGACCACAAAUUGAUCAUAUGGGUUCCAAUCAAGGUUAUUACUUGUAUGUUCAAUACCAUAAUAAAAUGAAGGCUCAAGAUACAGCUGAGUUAUGGGGUCAGGUUAUCAACCUUAGUGAUGGUAAACCAAAGUGUUUAAGAUUUUGGAUCAAUAUUGCCGGGAACAAUGCUGGAGGUUUACGAGUUAUUCAACGCCUUGCAAAUGGAAAGAACUACACGCAAUGGAUUUAUAGUUCCGACACAAGCAAUACUUGGAUAAAUGCUGCUGUUCCUAUUGACACUUCCUCCCAAUUUAAGAUUGUUUUUCAAGCAACAAUGCUUGGUGGAAGUGGUCACAUUGCAAUAGAUGAUAUAGAUUGGACAAGUGGCACUUGCGCAUUAUAUCCUACUGAAGCUGCACCCCCCCCUCCUACAACUGAACCAUCUCUGCCCGUUAACUGCACAUUUGAAGUUAAUCAAUGUGGUUGGAACGAGGAUGACACUGCAGAUAUAACGUGGAACAGACAUUCAGGUUCCACAACCUCAUCAGUCACCGGUCCAUCAUCAGGAUACGGUGGUACUGGCGACUACAUGUAUGUUGAAUCUUCUUCUCCAACCAAGACAGGAGAUGUUGCGCGAUUAUUAAGCAGUAAACAAGAUGCUGGUUCACUUGACCCUAAAUGUCUUGUGUUCUACUACCAUAUGUAUGGUAGUACAAUGGGUACAAUGAAUGUUUACAUUAAGUAUGGAUCAACACUGCCAACAAAACCAGUUUGGACAAACUCAGGAGAUUCUGGAAAUGCAUGGAUUUAUUCUGCAAUUAAUUUUACACCAGAAUCAAAUUUCCAGGUUGCAUUUGAAGGAGUAGUUGGGAGUUCUUACACCAGUGACAUGGCCAUUGAUGAAAUAUCUCUUUACGAUGGCAACUGUCAACCACCAACUUUUCCUAACACUUAUAUUUGCACCUUUGAAACUGAUUGCCAAUACACAACACAAUCUACCACAAGUUAUAAAUGGACUUUUGUAUCUGGAGCAUCAUCUAGUGGUGAAACUGGACCUAAGAGUGACCACACUUACAAGACGUCUUCAGGCAAAUAUGCACUAGCGAAAGGCAGUAGUGGUACCGCAACAAAACAAACUGCAUCUCUAAACACACCCGUGUAUAAUAUAGCUGGUUCAAAUGUUUGUGUGGAUUUUUAUUACACCAUGUAUGGAAAAGAUGUUGGUACCUUGACUGUUGUUCAAUUGGAUGAUAAAGGAGUUGUGGUGAAAAGUAUUUGGAAUAAACAGGGUGAUCAAGGUCGUGACUGGCUUCCCGCUCAAACUGGUUUCACUAAAACGGGUUCUUCGUUUAUUGUUUCAUUUCAAAUUGAAAGAGGUGACAGCCAACUGUGUGAUGUUGCAAUUGAUGACGUGUUGGUUUAUGAAGGUUUUUGUGUUGCUGGAAGUUGUAGUUUUGAUGUUGGUCCAUGUACUUGGGUGCAAGUUGUAACGCUUGAUGAUUUUGAUUGGGAUUGGAAUCAAGGAACCACUCCAACUACAAAUACAGGACCCACUACAGACCAUACUUCAGGCGAGGGGAAGUAUAUGUUUAUUGAAACAUCUAAUCCAAGAUUAGAAGGAGAUCGGGCGCUUUUGCAGAGUGAUCAGAAACUAAAGACAACUGGCUCAGGGGAUUGCUUGUCUUUUUUCUACCACAUGUAUGGAUCAACUAUUGGAACAUUAAACAUACUUGUUGGUGAUACAAAUAACAACAUUGUAUGGUGGCAAUUACAUGGUGAUCAGGGUCAGCACUGGAACGAAGCUCAAGUUACUAUAACUUCACAUGCAAAUUACCAUAUUUAUUUUGAGGCAAUAGUAGGCGAAGGUAUUAACGGAGAUAUUGCAAUUGAUGAUGUACAGUUUACACCUGGCAUUAGCUGUAGUAAAGGAAUUAUUUAUCCUUUAUCUGCACUACCAAUAGUUUUCCCUACUAUCCCAACUACAACACCACUACCACCAAUACCUGGUUUUCAAUGUGACUUUGAAAGUGAUUGGUGUGGGUGGGUGAACAGUGCAGAUGAUGUAUUUGAUUGGAAUCGUAGAAGUGGUGGUAUUGGAGAAUUAAACGCUGGUCCAAUUGGAGAUUAUACAACAGGCACAGGAUCAUAUGCAUUCUCUUUGGGAAGUAACACACAAGUGUUUUCCAAUUCAUUUUUAAGUGGUCCGUCAAUAUCAAGUGAUCAGUUUGGACAGCGUUGCAUGAUUUUUCAUUAUUCCAUGCACGGUGCUGCUGUUGAAAGUCUUUCGCUUAAAUAUAAACAAGAUAUGAAUUCUGUGAUCACUGUGUGGGGAAGAGCAGGUGACCAAGGAAUUGACUGGCAAAAGGCCAUGGUAAACUUACCACCGACUACAGAUACGACUAAUGUUAUGCAAGUUCAAUUUGAAAGCAUACGUGGAUAUGAUGAUACUUCUGGCAUUGGAUUGGAUGAUAUUUAUGUGAAAGAUGGCACUUGUGAUACAUAUUCUACAUGUUGGGAUACAUAUCAUGAAUACAAUGCUGUUUAUGGCUUAUUACCUGGCCCGAUGCUUGAUGAUAGACCAAAUAGUUUUUAUUUUGGUGAAUUUGGUUCUGAUCUUGAAAGAUGUGCGGAAGCAUGUGCUUUUGCACAAGGCUGUGCUGCGUGGACAUUACAUUUACCAUCGUUUACAGGAGAUAGCUAUGCGGGAGGUUGCUAUGGUCGAGGUAAUUCAUCAGAUACACUUAUAGCUGAAGCUCAUAUUGUUAGCGGAGUUCUUACACAAUGUACAGGACCACUUCCAUACAAUGAGUUGUGCCAGUUUGAAGAUAUUAGUGUAUGUGGAUUUAAACAAGACAUCACUGAUGAUUUUGAUUGGCUGUUUCGAUCUGGUGAUGCAACUAGUGUGGAAACUGGUCCCUCAUUUGAUCAUUCAUAUACAACUAAUUAUGGACGAUAUGCCAUGGUUGAUGCUUCAUUGCAAAGUUUUGGUGAUGUAGCUCGCAUAAUUACACCAACAUUCACACCACCUGCUUCAUCAAGUGAAACCUGUGCCACAUUUUACUACCAUAUGUAUGGUGCCAGUAUUGGAGCACUUAAUGCUUAUGUUAGGACAGUUGGUCAAAAGCAAUCUCUUGCCUGGUCUCAAACAGGGUCAAAAGGAAAUGAAUGGCAACCUACACAGUUUUCUGUAUAUUUAACAUCUGAUAACUACGAGAUUAUAUUUGAAGCUGUUAUUGGUCCAAACUAUUUAGGGAAUAUUGCAGUUGAUGAUUUUCGUUUGUUGGACCGCCCUUGCCCGCCACCUGGUGACUGUGACUUUGAACAGUGGUGCACAUGGAGCAACACCAACAUUAAUGAUGACUUUAAUUGGAUGCAAGGAUCUGGUAUGACAAACAAUGCAGGCAACACUGGACCUACUACUGAUCAUACAACAAAGUCUGAUGAAGGCAGAUACUAUUACGUCAACUCCAACAGUUUACAAUCCACUGGUGACAGAGCUCGAUUAGUCUCGCAGUGGUUUGCACCAACAUCUGGACAGAGAUGCAUGAAUUUCUAUUAUCAUAUGUAUGGUACUGGUAUGGGAACAUUGAAUGUAUACCUCCAACAGUCUGCAUCAAAUGGGGAUGAAAAUUUAGUUUUAUUAUGGAAGUUAUUUGAGGAUCAAGGAAACAGCUGGAAUAAUGGGCGUCUACAGUUUACAAGCAAUGUAGAAUACCAGAUCAUACUUGAAGGAAUAUUAGGCAGUGCAACAUAUUCAGAUAUCUCCAUUGAUGAUGUGAGUUUCAAUGCUGGGGGAUGUUCAUUUCUUCCACAGAAUGCUGAAGUUAUCAAACCAACCUCCCCUACACUUCCACCACAAACUGUGGUUACUGGACCUACACCAGUUCCGACUAAUAUUGAUUGUGAUUUUGAAUCUGGAAUUUGUAAAUGGAAUCAAGAUACAUCAGAUACAAGUGAUUGGGUUGUUCAAAGGGCUUCAAUGUCUUCAAACUCAGCACCACAUGUUGAUAUUACAACUGGAUCAGGAUCUGGAAGCUAUAUUCUAUUUACAUCAUCACUUCCUAACAGACUUGGUGAUGCAGCACGCAUAUACAGUGGAAACCCUCCUUAUAAUCUACCAGCUCAAUGUUUCACAUUCUGGUAUCACAUGUUUGGUCCGCAUGUUGGAACAUUGAGUCUUUACAUGCAGUCUACCACAAAUGUAAUCGGUUCAACACCAAUAUGGUCACAUAGCGGGGGCACCACUAAUAAUUGGUUCAAUAUACAUGUGGAUGUUGCACCUGUGGCCGGUUCCUUAUUUAUUAUUGAAGGAAUUGUUGAUGCCCAGGAUGGUGGUGAUAUUGCUAUUGAUGACAUUAGGUUGUCACCAGACCAGUGCCCAUUCUCGGAGAUUGGGGUCUGUGACUUUGAAAGUGAACUAAUGUGUGGUUAUCUAAUUGAAUCUAGUGGCUUAUAUACUUGGCUGCAUGCUAGUGCAUUUUUAGCUGAAGAGCAAUAUCCUAAAUCUCCACUGUAUGAUCAUUCACAAAACAGCUUUUAUGGAAAAUAUAUGUUGACUUCUGCUAAUGGUGUUUCCUCAACCACUACACGGUUACUCUCGCCUACUCACUCUCCCACAAACGGAGAUUGUCUGGAGUUUUGGUAUUACAUGUCAGGGUUGCGUACGGAUGCCUACUUAAGGGUUUAUCUUAAACAAGGCACCAGUUUAGGAUCGGCAAUUUGGGAAGCAGUUGGAGAUAAAGGAACUUCAUGGAAUGUUGCUCAGAUAUCUAUAUCAUUACAACAAUAUCAUCAGAUUGUAUUUGAAAGUUAUUCUGGAACUGCUCCUACACAAUCCUAUGACUUCAUAAUCGCUCUUGAUGAUGUGGUGGUUCGCAAAGGCAAUUGUCCCGUGCAGGGAAACUGUGACUUUGAGAACGGAGCUGGUACUUGGCAGAAUAAUAAUAAUAAUGCAUUGCCCGGGUUUAAUCAGGCGCAGAUGGAUUGGUUGGUUGGUAGCGGAAUUCAAACAAGAAGUUCCAGUGUUGGACCUGCAGUGGAUCAUACAUUUGGAACACCAGCUGGUCAAUAUGUGUAUGUGAAUUACAUAUACCCCCAUGAAAGUGGUCAUCGUGCUCAGCUAUUUUCGGAAACAGUUCUCAGUGAUUUUGCUCAAUGCUUCAGAUUCUAUUACUACAUGAAUGGUCCAGAUGCUGGUGAUUUAGUUCUUUGGAUUGGUCAGGAUAAUGCUGGUGUAUAUACACCAUACACCAUGUGGCAACUUAGUGGAGCACAAAGUAAUGAUUGGUUGGAAGGAACGAUCUCACUGCGUGGACUUAUUGCUCCUUAUAAUCUACUGUUUGAAACUGUGCUAACAAGUGGGUUAAGUGGUUACAUUGCAUUGGAUGACAUUGAAUUUUUACAAUUUGAUUGUGGAACGUUUCCUUUGGAAGCUGACCCAAGUUAUAAUGAUGGUUCAACAACCACGCCAUUCCCUACCACACAACCUCCUAUACCAGAUGGUCCUAUUAAUUGUAACUUUGACCAAAACUUAUGCAGCUAUGUGCAGGAUACAACUGAUAUAUUUGACUGGUCGCAAGGUACAGGGAACACACCUACACAGAACACAGGCCCCAAUGGUGACCACACUACUGGGAUUGGAAAAUACAUUUUUAUUGAAACAUCAACGCCAACAUUGCCAGGGGAUUAUGCUGUUAUUAUGAGUGGUGUAAGCCCUUCAACUAGAGGAUCAUGCCUCAGAUUCUGGUAUUCAAUGUAUGGAUCUUAUAUACAACGUUUGGAGGUUUUGAUUAAGCAACCAUCAACAAAUGCAACAUUGUUAUGGAAACAAGAUACAGGGUUAGGUAGUGCAUGGUACCCUGCUGCUGUUGAUAUCAUAUCAGAUUAUGACUUUCAGAUAUACUUUAAUGCCACAGCAGGCAGCAGUUACACUGGUGAUAUUGCUAUUGAUGAUGUUCAAUUAAUACUUGGGUUGUGUCCACCACCAAAUGACCAGGAGUUGUUUUGUUCAUUUGAGGAUGAUCUUGCAUGUGGUUACCAACAAGACAACACAGAUGAUUUUAACUGGAUACAAACUUCAGGAGGCACAUCAACAAUUGAUAGUGGUCCUACAUACGAUCAUACAUAUGGUACUACAUAUGGUAGAUAUAUGUACACUGAAGCCUCAUCACCAAGGGUUAAGAAUGAUAAAGCACGUUUAAUAAGUCGACCAUAUAACCAAUACAAAAGCACAGGUGGUGGUUAUGAGUGUCUUACAUUCUACUAUCACAUGUAUGGAUCUACAAUGGGUACGUUGAAUGUAUACAGAACAGCAGGGUCAGAUAUAGAAGGGCAACCACUUGGAAGUUCUAUUUGGAGUAUGUAUGGUGACCAGGGAAACCAAUGGCAUAUCGCACAGAUAAGUUACCUUAACACUGGAACAUAUCAGUUGAUCUUUGAAGGUGUAGUUGGAAGUAACUUUGCAAGCGAUAUAGGUAUUGAUGAUGUAACUAUCACACAAGGUGAAUGUGCUCCAGUUGCAAGUUGUAGCUUUGAUGCUGGAAUGUGUACAUUUACUAACGAGCAAGAUUCUGAUGAUUUUGAUUGGAUAGUUGGUUCCGGAUCACACGGCACAGGUCCACCAUAUGAUCACACCACAGGAACCACACAGGGUAGCUAUAUGUUCAUUGAUUUAUCACAACAAAUAAAUCAAGGAGAUAUUGCACGAUUAAAUUCUGAACGGAUGGUUCCUACUACUGGCACUGCUUGUCUUCAAUUUUGGUAUUUUAUGUAUGGUGAUGGAAUUGGUACUUUGCAAGUUCUGAUCAACCAAGGGAUUCCCGGCACACAUAAUGUUAAUGCAAAUAUGUUCCCUGUUUGGUCACUCAGUAAGGAGCAGGGGAAUCAGUGGUAUUCUGCUCAGGUACCAAUAUCAAGUGUUAUUGAAUAUAACAUAGUAUUUGAAGCAGUCCUUGGUUUACCCAAUUUACCUAAUGGUUAUCUUGCUAUUGAUGAUAUACGGUUUGUUGAUGAUAAAUUUUGCACAUUACUUCCACCUGAAGCUGAACCAUUUCAAGAUCUUACCGUUGCUAACUGUAACUUCGACCAGAACACUUGUGCAUGGACAAAUAGUAAUGACGAUGAUUUUGACUGGUUACGUAUAUCUGGACAUACAAGCUCUGCCAACACUGGACCAGAUGGUGACCAUACAUCAGGUACAGGUUAUUAUAUAUAUAUGGAAAGUUCAAGCCCAAGAGUUCCUGGUGAUCGCACUGUGCUUCUAUCCCCAUGGUUGCCUCCACUAUCAAACUCAGGCUGUUUUGGAUUCUGGUAUCACAUGUUUGGGGCCACAGUAGAAACUCUAAACAUGUAUCUUGAAUUUUCUCAUGGAGAUCGCAUAUUGUUGUGGACCUUAACAGGAAAGCAGUCAAAUUAUUGGUUACCAGCAAAAUACACAAUCCAAACUUUUACACCUGUGCGUUUCUGGAUUGAGGCUUUUGUUGGCCAGAGCUUCAGUGGUGAUAUUGCUUUGGAUGAUUUUGUAUUGGACUAUGGAGUCUGCCCACCAGAUGGAACAUGUAAUUUCGAGGCUGAUCAUUGUCAGUGGACGCAAUCCAUCAGUGAUGUGUUUGACUGGUCACGUGGUAACAACGGUACUUCAUCUCAAGGUACUGGUCCAUCAUUAGACCACACAUAUGGCUCACAAGUUGGAAAAUACAGUUUUAUUGAAACAUCAAGCCCUCGCAUAGCGGGCGACACAGCUCAGCUUAUCAGUUAUGACUAUCCAGCUGCAAGUAGAUAUUGUUUUGAAAUGUUUUACCACAUGUUUGGUGCAUCCAUUGGGAAACUGAAUGUUUAUGUGAAACCUUCAAGUCAAAAAUUAUCUCCUUCGCAACUUGUGUGGAGUGAAACCGGCAAUCAGGGUGACUUGUGGAGAUAUAUGCAAGUCACUGCAACUAACCCAAGUGAUGAUUUUAAUAUUGUGGUUGAAGGAGUGGUGGGUUCUAGUUGGUCAGGUGACAUUGCAAUAGACGAUACAAGAACUAAUGUUGGUGAUUGCCUACCUCAAGGUUUUUGCGAUUUCGAACAGAACUUCUGCUCGUGGGUUAAUGUACAAACUCCUGGUUUGGAUGAGAUGGAUUGGGUUCGGAAUGCUGGUUCUACUCCAAGUGUGACAACUGGUCCUACUGUUGAUCAUACAACGGGAUCGUCACUUGGUUUUUACAUUUAUAUUGAAACAAGUCAGUCUUCCACUGGAGAUACAGCAUGGUUGUUAAGUUCAUCUUAUGAACCAACAUCUCAAUUAUCAUCGGGUGGUUUAUGUGUCUCAUUCUGGUUUCACAUGUUUGGUGAUAAUACUGGAAGUUUAAAUGUGUAUACAGCACAAGAUAAUCAGGAUAAUCUUGUAUUGAAAGAUAUGCUUUGGUCGCGCACUGGUGAUCAUGGUGAUUAUUGGCUACCUGCUGCUGUCAAUGUGACAUCACAAGAGAGAUUCUUUAUCAUAAUUGAAGCAGUCAAAGGAAAGGGUUAUACAGGCGAUAUAUCAAUUGAUGACCUUGAUGUGUUGAAAUAUCCAUGCGAUACAUUAACCCAACCAACUCUACCCCCCAUUGACGCUCCUACACCGGCACCUACACCAUGGGACUGUGAUUUUGAAUUAGAUUGGUGUGGCUGGACAAAUCAGUUAAACUUAAACUUAAACUGGACAAGAUGGCAAGGCAAAUCAUCGAGCUCAUAUACUGGACCAUCAACAGAUCACACCACUCUGUCUGAGAAUGGUUACUACAUAUAUGUUGAUAUGGAUUAUGUGGGUGAAGACCCUCACAUGAACGACCCAGCUCAGGUGUUUAGCCCCAUGCUUACUGUUACUGAUGAAAAUGGCCUGUGCUUAACAUUCUGGUACCACAUGUAUGGUGACCAUGUAAAUCAGUUGGGUGUGUAUGUCAAGCAAAGGGAUUAUACUUCUGGGUUGUUAUGGUCAAGGCAGGGAAGUCUUGGGUCCUCAUGGAACUAUGGACAGGUUAGCAUUCAGCGUGCCGGUGACUUUACAGUUGUGUUUGAAGCUUUAAGGGGUGCCGGAUAUAAAGGAGAUAUUGCACUGGAUGACAUCAAGUUUAUUAUCGGAGCAUGCCCAGCAACUCAGUUGUGUGAUUUUGAAGAAAAUAAUAUAUGCGGUUUUGAAAAUGAUCCAACUGUUGAAUUUGUUUGGAUACUUAACCAAGGAAAUACAACCACAGUUAACACUGGUCCGUCCAUCGACCAUACCACACAGACAGGGAAUGGACAUUACAUGUUGGCGGAUGCGAGUUCUGUAGAUAAAGAAGGUUCAAGGGCUAAACUUAUCACAGCUAAACAUGCUGCCACUACUGAUAAAUGUGUUACAUUCUGGUACAACAUGUACGGUGAUGAUGUUGGAACGCUUAAUGUUUGGAAAGUGGAAAAUCAAAUUUAUGAUGAACAUCCACACUGGUCGUUACAUGGUAAUCGUGGUGAUAUAUGGAAGAGAGCAUCUUUUCCAUUACAAGCAUUAACACCAUUUCAGCUUGUAUUUGAGGCAAUACGUGGUAAAUCAGAAUUAGGAGACAUUGCUAUUGAUGAUAUUCAACUGAGCGAUCAACUAUGUCCGUUAGUUGGUACUUGUGACUUUGAAUAUGACACUUGUGGGUGGACAAACGUUUUCGAUGAUUCUUUUGACUGGACACUCAAUAGUGGAACAACUAACACUGACAAUACUGGGCCUUCUGGGGACCAUACAAGUGGAAGUGGUAAAUACAUGUAUAUUGAAACAUCAAGCCCACGUGUUACGGAUGAGACAGCACGGCUCAUGUCAGAAACUUUCAUUAAAUAUUCAACCACUGCGAACACUCACUGUUUCACAUUCUGGUAUUCAAUGGUUGGGUCAACUAUUGGUUCAUUAGAAGCAUUUAUUGUUUCGGGAACUUAUCCAGGAGUUUCAAAAAGUGUAUUCUAUAAAAGUGGUGAACAAGUUGAUGAAUGGAAUUAUCAUCAGUUGGAAAUAUCUCUAUAUGAUGAAUUUUAUAUAGUAUUUGAGGGAACAGUUGGCCCUGGUGUGGGUGGAGAUAUUGCCCUCGAUGAUAUUGUUAUUUGGCCAGGAAGCUGUGUUACUGCUGCACCACCUACAAAAGUGAACUGUGGUCCAACUGAUGAAGUGAUACUAACCACACAAGUGUGUGAUUAUAAACAAGAUUGUUCAAAUGGUUGGGAUGAAGCAACUUGUGGUCAGUGUGAUUUUGAAUCAAAACAAUGUGGUUGGAAUGAUGUUUCAUCUGGUUCAUAUAAAUGGAACAAAGAUAGUGAUGGAACAUCUGGUAUUGCUACUGGUCCAUCUGUUGAUCAUACACUUGGCUCUCCUGAAGGUUCGUACAUGGCUGUUGAAGCAAGUACAGGUGAAAGGAACAACGAAGCUGUGAUGAUCUCACCAUAUGUUUCACAAACCAGUGCUUCAUGUCAGUUGAGAUUUUACUACCAUAUGUAUGGUAAUGGAUUCACGGAGUCACUACGAAAUCCAAACCCGGGUGAGCUACGACUUGUGAUGCGACGAUAUACUCGGAUUUUUGAUAUCUGGAUCCAUAGCUUUGAUGAAGGAAAUCAAUGGAUUGAGGGGAAUGUCUACAUUGGUCGUGUAGCAGAACCAUUUGCUCUCUCAUUCCAAGCCACACGUAGUUUUAGUGGCAAAGGAGACCUUGCAGUUGAUGAUGUUAGUUUUAUAAACUGUGCCCUUCCUAACACAACAACUACAUGUCUUUCUGACCAAUUCAGGUGAAAUCUUGUCAUAAAUAACUUGAUGUGUAAGUAAAUAAAUAUAUGCCAUCAGAAUGUACAUAAACUAC